CUCCACCCAGAGCAGACACACUCCUCCACCAUGGCCUCCUACUCUCGCUCCGUCAACUUCUCUAGUGGAAACCGCCUCGGCUCCAUGAGGGCCCCCAGCGUGUACGGCGGCGCCGGAGGCUCCGGGGUCCGCAUCUCCAGCAUGAGCGCUCCCAGGAGUUUCUCCUCUGCUGGUGCCGGAAGCGGCGGCUUUAACCUGGCAGACGCCAUCGACAUCUCUGACAACAAGAAGUCCACCAUGCAGAACCUGAACGACCGCCUGUCCACCUACCUGGACAAGGUACGCAGCCUGGAGAGCGCCAACGCCGACCUGGAGCUGAAGAUCAGACAGUUCCUGGAGAACAAGACCAAACCUGAGGGCCACGACUGCACAGGUCACAUGGCCAUCAUCAAUGACCUGCAAGACCAGAUCUUUCACGCCACCCGGACUAACGGCUCUCUCUACCUCGCCGUUGACAACGCUAAACUGGCAGCAGAUGACUUCAGAGUCAAGUUUGAGAAUGAGCUGGCGAUGCGUCAGGGCGUGGAGGCCGACAUCGCCGGUCUGAGGAGGCUCCUGGACGAGCUGACGCUGGGCAGGUCCGACCUGGAGAUGCAGAUCGAAGCACUGAGAGAUGAGCUGAUUAGUCUGAAGAAGAACCACGAAGAGGACCUGCUGGCUCUGCGAGCUCAGAUGAGCGGCCAGGUGAACGUGGAGGUGGACGCCGCUCCUCAGCAGGAUCUGUCCAACGUCAUGGCGGGAAUCAGAGAACACUACGAGACCGUCGCCAACAAGAACCGCAAAGACCUGGAGACCUGGUUCCAGGCCAAGUCAGAGGAGAUCAACAAGGAGGUGGCAGUGAGCACAGAGACGCUCCAGUCAUCGCGCUCUGAGAUCACAGAAGUCAAACGCACGCUGCAAGGUCUGGAGAUCGAGCUCCAAGCGCAGCUCAGCAUGAAAGCGUCCCUUGAAGGAACCCUGGCCGACACCCAGGGCAGGUACGGCAACAUGCUGACCGGUUACCAGAGGCAGGUGUCCAGCCUGGAGGAGCAGCUGGCCCAGCUCAGAGCCGACCUGGAGCGUCAGAGACACGAGUACCAGAUGCUGCUGGACAUGAAGACCAGACUGGAGAUGGAGAUCGCUGAGUACAGGAGGCUGCUGGACGGAGAGCUGAGGUGAGUGGACCAGAACUAGAGCUGGGUAACGACCCGCAAGGUGCUGAUCAUCACCAAAGACAUCAUCGACGGCGAAGAGGUCAGCUCUGAAACUCAGCAGAUCGAGUGA